CGUUUUGCUGUUGGCCCGUACGCACGUUUAACGGAAUUUUGAAUUUACCAAAUAUAAAAUAUAAAAAUUUAAAAAUCGAAAAAAGAACAAUUUAUCUUGUGUGUGCAAGUUGAAGAAUUGAAAAAGCGAAGAAAAGAGAAGAAUAUAUAUAUAUACAUAAAAGUGCUGACUGUGCUAGCCGGAAAUUGGAACACUAAAACGUCAACAUAAUUACGCGGCAAUAAUUUUCGAAAAGCCCAAAAAGAUCACCAGUAAUCAAUUGGCCCCGUGUGACACAGUUUUUCGAGUCGAACAAAAGCCAAAAUCCCCAACUUUUGGAUACCUAUUUAACCAACGAUCGCCGGCGAGUGCACUCCACAUCUUGGAAAUAUAUAUCAAAAAAGAUGUCCAGACGAGCAUUGCUAAUUGCCGGACUCAUACUGAUCGUGGGCAGCUCCGCGGUGCUCUCCUACCCUCAAUCCACAGCGGAAGAAGAGCAAAUGCAGAGCGACGAUGAUUUCGAUUAUGGAGGAGAAGACCAGAGUGCUCCCAGUCCGCAGAUGAAAUCCCAGAGCCAAGGCUCCAGCGAGAAGAUCAACAAAACUGUUUCUGUGACGGGGAUCCGAGGCGAGGAUGUGGUGCUCAAGUGCGAUGUGGGCAGCAAUCUGGAAAGCUCAGAGAUCGUUGUCCUGUGGUAUUUCGGCGAUAAUGUCAUCUCCAAUGGCAAGAGUCUGGUGCAGCCCAACUUUAAGCUGGAUGCCAACUACGAUCUGACCAUCCUGCAUGCGACUCCCCAGGUUGGCGGCACCUACAUCUGCGAGGUUCUGCCCUCCGGAUCAGUGGUCAAUACAAAGGUGACCAUUACCGAGCAUUCCAUGGAUGCCAUUGCCCCGGAGAGCUCUGUAUCCUCGGCUGGAUCUGCGAGCAGUUUUCUGGGCUACACACUCCUCGGAUCGACCAUAUUGCUGCUCCUGGGGAUGGGCAAACAUUAGCUUAGUUUAGUAUUACGCUGGCAGAUCCACUGCCUUCCCUUCUACACUCUCCACUUUUCUCACAGGAAAUGAGCAUUUCAUGAAGUCUUUGUUGAUUGUAAAUUUUUGUAUUUGUAAAGACACACAAAAUCAACUUUAUUUAUUAAAUAAAAAAGGAACCAAAGUAAACUUAAA